AUAGUAACUGGACCAAUUGAGAGCGUCGUCGUUAUCUUUGUUAUAGCAAAGCAAUACGUAGACCGAAACGGGAGCCGACAAUCAAUCGCUAUCUACACGGAUAAUCAGGCGGCCAUUACAUCCACAGCCAAACCAGAGGGACAAUCAGGAGCCUAUAUUCUCAGAGAAAUAGCACAGCAAAUACAGGAUAUCCAGAACAAGGGACGAGUCGUGAAAAUCCGAUGGAUUCCGGCCCAC